UUACUUUAGUUUACUUUUUUUUUAAUUUGUUUUAUUUUUUUACAUUUCACAUUUUUUCUUCUUUCUUCGUACUAGUGAGGUUGAGAUAGUAAAGAGAAUAAAGACAAAUUCCCCUUAAACUCCUCCUUGCCAAGUGUUCACUUCGGCCUUUCUCACCUUUUCUUCACCUUUCUUUGUUUGCUCCCUUCAUUGGCCACACCCGAAUAUAUGCUCGUGAACUCAUUUCAAAACCAAUCUUAAAGGUGCUUCUUCUUCAAUUCUCACUGCCCAACAGGAAAAAAAACGAACAGAGAGGAAAGUUUGCAGAAAUGGAUCGUUCAUUAUUCUCUGUAUUCUCAUCUUCUUCUACAAUCCUAUUCCUUACAGUUCUCCAUGUUCUGUUGUUGCAUGCACAUUCAACAACACACUGGCAAGACAUUGAAGUCUUAAAGCAGCUCAAGAAUAGCGUCGACCCCAAUUCAAUGACACCUGGCUCAUGCCUAAUAUCUUGGGAUUUCUCAGUAGAUCCUUGUGACAAUCUCUCCACUGAAAAAUUCACCUGUGGUCUCCGUUGUGACAUUGUAGUAUCCUCAGUUAGCCGAGUCACUGAAGUCGCUCUUGACCAGUGGGGUUACUCUGGUUCGCUCUCCUCUGUCUCUUGGAACUUACCUUAUCUCCAAACCUUAGACCUUACUAAUAAUUUCUUCACUGGUUCAGUACCUGACUCAUUCUCAAAUCUAACUCGUGUUCAACGACUCACUUUGUCAAGAAACUCGUUAUCUGGUUCAAUUCCCAGUUCUCUAAGCUCACUUUCAAACCUUGAAGAACUUUACCUUGAUAAUAAUUUCCUUGAGGGAACAAUACCCUCAACUUUCAACGGUCUCAAAAAUUUAAAAAGGCUCGAAUUUCAAGCCAAUAAGCUCACUGGCGAGUUUCCCGAUUUGGGUCAGUUAAAUAAUUUGUUUUUCCUCGAUGGAAGUGACAAUGCUUUCUCCGGCCAACUUCCGGCGACUUUCCCGGCAUCUCUCGUCGAGCUUGCAACGAGAAACAACAGCAUAGAGGGUAACAUUCCGGCUAGUCUCGCCGGACUGAAUUUCCUACAAGUUCUCGACCUCAGUCACAAUAAAUUCAGUGGGUCCGUUCCGGCGAGUCUCUUCACCCACCCCUCUCUUGAACAGCUCACAUUAUCGUAUAACCAAUACGGGUCGGUUCAACAACCCGGGAACUUCUUAGAAAAUAGUCAGUUGAUUGCAGUAGACUUGAGCAACAAUGAGAUCCGCGGGUUAUUACCCGGGUUCUUGGGUUUAAUGCCCAGAUUAUCAUCAUUAUCGCUAGAGAACAACAAGUUGUCUGGUAUGAUACCCGUCCAAUAUGCAUUAAAAAUGGUGGUGCCGGGUCAAGGGGUAUCACAGUUUGAGAGACUGUUGUUAGGAGGAAAUUACUUAUUCGGACCCAUACCGGGUCCAAUGUUGGAGCUGAAACCGGGUUCAGUAACAGUGAGAUUAGGGGACAACUGUUUGUACCGGUGCCCGUUGAGAUUAUUUUUAUGUGAAGGUGGGGAACAGAAAUCAUUAUCGGAGUGUCAGGCUUUUGGUCCCAUCAUUCCUUGAAUAGUGUGACAAUCUAUUUACUUCGAGGUCCUUAGAUUUUUUUUGUACUACACUAAGUUUUUUUUUGGGUUGUAUAUUGUAUAAAUAGUUUUUUGGAUUUUCCUCCCUGGCUUUUUCUCCGGUACCCUUAUCUCUUCACAUGGGGUUUUAGGUAUGGUCUAGAUGGAUCUAUUGUAUUUCUCUGGGCUGUAGCUUAUAGAGUGUUCUUAUCUUUGUGACAAAUAAAGAUGUCUUAUAUUAGAAAAAAAUGGUUGUGGAGAAUUUA